AUGUCGCAGAGCCCCAAUGUUGGCAGUGUUGCCCACAAGCCUGUCGUCAUUACAUCCCCUGAUGCGGGCAGCGGUGUCGAGGCGCCACAAGUUGAAUUAGUAGAUGAGCUUUCACCAACAGCACGAGAAGCUGCGACUAGGUUGUGUAGCCUACGAUCUGGUACCUCUGUUGGAGUUCCCGAGCCUGCAGCCCAAGCAACCACAGAUGCUGCUCACUCUUUGAUUCGCAAGGGCCAAAAGGUCAAGGUUGUUACCAAAUUAGGAGCUGGACGUGGAAAAGUUGACUGGGGGGCCAAAGGUGUUGUGAGGGCUACAAAAAACCUAGGUGGUGGAGUUGUUGGGGCAUCAAGGCCUGCUGAACAUGAUCAAUCAGGACUGGCUGCAACGGUGUCACCAGUACCCGUUGCCACUGUCCAAUCAGACAUGACUGCAGCGGUUGCAUCUGUACCUCCCGGCACUGCCCAACCAGACCUGACUGCAGCGGCUGCCCCAGCAUCUGCUACAAAUGUCCAACCACAACCGGCUGCAGCCACGGCCUCAGUACCUGCCGCCACUGUCCAAGCAAACCUGGCUGCAGCCGCGGUAUCAAGCAAAAGUGCCUCUGUUCGACAAGAACUGGAAGAUAACCCUUUGGCAUUCACUCCUCCUAGUUUUGACCUAGGUUUUGGCUCUACCCCAGACCCACGCGUCAAGGCAUGUGGAGAUACUGCUACAAGAGGUGUGUGUUCCUGUUGCUUAAUAAGCGUAUCGUGA